AUGGAAAGAAUGCAGAGCUUCCAUGGCCAUCCUCUCGGUGCAGUCGGCUGGGUCGCUCGUGCCGUGCAAACGAUCAGUUCAAUCAUCGUCCUGGGAAUCACGGCUUGGGCUGUUACAGAUACAAAAUCGCUUACCGUCAUCUUUACUCUAGUCAUUUCGGUCUUAAGCUUAGUCGCUGUCGCUUGUUCCACAUUUACAAGCUGCGUGGGCAGAAAUCACAAAUGGCAUGUCUUAGUGCUAAUAGUGACCGACGGGAUACUUUCCUAUCUAUGGCUCACUUCAUUUAUCUUUUUGGCACUUGAUUUCAAUCGAAUGAGCUGCCGUAUUAAUCGCUGGAAUGGAGAAACGGUUUGUAGUCGGAAAUACGCCGCCGAAGCAUUUGCCUUCAUUGCAUUUUUCAUGACGCUAUUGGGCUUGCUUCUCGAGAUUCUUUAUAUCUUCUAUGCGAAGCCGAGAGCCGUGCGAUCCAAAGAGCAGGCGGGGCAGAAUCUAGCUGAGAAUUUGAACGAAGCCGGCCUGACGUGA